GAGGCAGCGAAUCAUCUCCAGCGCCCGUCUGUCUCGGCAUCGAUGCGCCUUUCCAAGCCCGCCUUCGAAGCGCUCCACCGCCUCGUUUGCAUCGCGAAGGAUGCCGCGGAGGCCAAGGACCGUGCUUUUGCUGAGGAGAUGGUGGCUGCUGGUGCAGACAGCAUCUUCCGAUGCAG